AUGGAGAUCAAUGCAGAGAAUGCAUCCUCACAAAGCAUGAAUUCAAACAAGUACAUGAUGGUACCUGAAAAACAACCUUACCGAACUAGGUACCACUUUCAACCUCCACAAAAUUGGAUGAAUGAUCCAAAUGGACCAAUGUACUAUAAAGGAGUUUACCACUUUUUCUACCAGCAUAACCCUUAUGCGCCAACCUUUGGUAAAAUUGUAUGGGGUCAUUCAGUAUCCUAUGAUCUCAUCAAUUGGAUUCAUCUGAAUCAUGCUCUUGAACCAAGUGAACCUUAUGACAUUCAUGGCUGCUAUUCUGGCUCAGCCACAAUCAUCCAUGGGCAAAAACCUGUUAUUAUGUACACUGGGGGUGAUAAUAAUAAACAUCAAGUUCAAAACUUGACUAUGCCCAAGAAUCUUUCAGACCCCUUCUUAAGGGAAUGGGUCAAACACCCUCAAAACCCAGUCAUGACUCCACCCAAUGGAGUUGAAAUGAAAAGUUUUAGAGACCCAACAACUGCUUGGGAGGGAAGUGAUGGCAAAUGGAGAGUAAUAAUUGGUGCUAAAAAUGGUGAUGAAGGGAAGGCUCUUAUUUACCGAAGUGAGGAUUUUGUUAAUUGGACAGUACAUCACAAUCCUUUGUAUACUUCUGAUAGUAGUGGAAUGUUGGAAUGCCCAGACUUUUUUCCAGUGUUCAUCAGUGGCACAAAAAAUGGGGUGGACACAUCAGUACAAAACUCAAGUGUUAAGCAUGUUUUGAAAUUGAGUUUUCAGAACAAACAACAAGAGCACUAUUUACUAGGUAACUAUCACCCUGAUCAGGAAAAGUUUAUCCCUGAUGCUGAUUUCACAAGAACUAGUGUGGAGUUAAUAUUGGACCAUGGAAAUUUUUAUGCUGCCAAGACAUUUUUUGACUAUGCCAAGAGUAGGAGGAUAUUGUGGGGAUGGUCAAAAGAAAAUGACACUACACAAGAUGAUCUUGAUAAAGGAUGGGCUGGUCUACAGUGUAUUCCAAGGCAGGUUUGGCUUGAUAAAAGUGGGAAGCGAUUGAUACAGUGGCCAAUUGAAGAGGUGGAAAAACUUCGUGACAAACAAAUUACCAUAAUUGGAGAGAAAAUCAUUGGUGGAUCAACUCUUGAAGUGACAGGUAUCACUGCAUCACAGGCCGAUGUAGAAGUGUUAUUUGAACUACCUGCCCUAGAAAGUGCAGAGUGGCUAGAUCCUAGCGAAGUUGAUCCUCAUUUACUAUGUAGUGAAGAAUAUGCAUCAAGAAGUGGUACAAUAGGGCCAUUUGGUUUGUUAGCUUUAGCAUCUGAGGACAGGGCAGAACACACUGCAAUCUUCUUCAGAAUUUAUAGAGCUCCCAAUAGAUAUGUAUGUCUCAUGUGCAGUGACCAUAGCAGGUCUUCAACGCGGCAGGACCUUGAUAAAAGCACAUAUGGAACUAUAUUUGACAUAGACCCCAAUCUCAAAACAAUUUCACUAAGAAGCUUGAUUGACCGAUCCAUUAUUGAGAGUUUUGGGGAUGAAGGGAGAGUUUGCAUUACCAGUAGAGUUUAUCCUUCAUUGGCUAUAGAUGGAGAUGCCCAUCUUUAUGUUUUCAACAUGGGAAGUCAAAGUGUGGGAAUCUCAAAACUAAAUGCUUGGAGCAUGAAGCAUGCAGAAAUUGACCAUGAGGAAAGCAUUUAUCAGGAUAUUAUAUAG